GGGGUGUGUGGUUUAAAAGAAGCUGCAAUCUCUGAGUGAGACACUCCUCAGCGCAGAGUCCCACUCACCCUCACCACCACCAUGACCUUCAACGGCACCUGGAAAAUUGAGCGCAAUGAAAACUAUGAGAAAUUCAUGGAAGUAAUGGGUGUGAACGUGCUGAAGAGGAAGCUGGCACUUCACGACCACCUCCAAAUCAUCCUCGAACAGACCGGAGACAAGUUUCACGUCAAGGAGAGCAGCGCUUUCCGCACCGUGGAAUUAGACUUUACCCUGGGGGUCACUUUUGACUACAGCCUCGCUGAUGGGACUGAGCUGUCGGGCUCGUGGACCAUAGAGGGUGACAUGAUGAAGGGGGUUUUCACGAGAAAGGACAAUGGAAAACCACUCACAACAACCAGGAUCAUCCAGGGAGGUGAACUCAUACAGAUGUACAGCUACGAAGGUGUGGAAGCAAGGAGGAUAUUCAAGAAGGCAUAGACCAGACUACACACAGUUACAGCAGUAUUGUGUUGUUUUACACACAUGACCUUAGCACACUGUUUAAAUUGCCUGUAUAAUACCAUUGUACCGGAUUUUGAUACUCGCCGUAAUAAAGCCAUAUACUGCA